GAGUGAUAAAAGAAUCGGUACGUCACCUCAAAAAGGAAAACAUGAUAUUGGUGGAAAAAAGUGACGUCUUUCUCAGUAACAUUUGAGAAACCGCGCCACUGACAACAGUGCACUCGUUCGUAUUUCCAAUUUUUGACACUGACAAAAACUUAGGGCAAGAAGCGAAGGGUAUCGCGUCUAGACGAUUUCAAUCGUCUCCUAGGUAAAAAGGUGAAUGUCACCUCUUCGGUGAUUUUCCCAAAUUCACCAAGAAUUUCCACUACAUAAAUCGUGAUUGUCUGUACUUCUUGAAGAAAUAUAAUUAUCCACUACUACAACUUUUAAGGAACCCAAACCCUCCAGGAGAAAACCAACAUGUUAAACAAAUCUUUUGCCCUGCUCUUCGGGGCGGGGCUAAUAUGCGGUAGCAUCAACUCGAUAACGCUGAAGAUAUGCUACCAGACACAAGUCGAGGGGAUGGAUGGCCGUGACGAGCAAUAUGAGAAACCAUGGUUUUUCUCUUUCGUCAUGUUUCUCGCAUGCCUGUGCGCGCUGCCCGUCUACUACGCUGGCAGAAUGAUUGACGGUAUGAUAUUCUUGCUAAUCGAUAGGUGAACAUGAUCUCUUUGAUUUGAGGAUAGUUGAUGGUAUUGCUAAGUUGUUUCUCAUAAAUUGGGUGUUUACCUGAUGUCUCAUCUGUCAGUAAACGUAAAGACCUGUUUUGUGUCUCUACGGUCUGGUUGAAGAGAGCACGUACUGUUGGAACGUUAUUCAAAUUGGAGCGUGACUGUCACUGUCAUUUGUCUGGAUUUUUUUCAGAGAUGCAGCGGCGAAAAUCAGCACCAGGAGUUGCCAGCGGCAUGCGUCCUGACGAGCUAAGCGUCGCGAGCGCAGAUGAAUCGACGUCAGAUCCAGUGACGAGGGAAAUUUUUUUCUAUCUUUUGCUUCCGAGUAUGUGCGAUCUUCUAGGGACGAGCCUUCAGCAAAUGGGCCUUUGCGUGACUACGGUCUCCGUUUUCCAGAUGCUAAAGGGCUCGAUCCUCCUUUUCAGCGCAUUCUUAUCUGUCUGUAUGGAAUGGAAAGAAAUCACAUCAACCAUCAUCUAUUUUUAGUUGUAUUAACUUAUCAGCAUGUGAUGUACAAGGAAUUUUAUACGAAUGCAGGUCUCACGAAGCUCCGGUACCAAAGUGAAGCGACUGUGUUGCGCAGUGCAGUAGUGCUAAUUUUCGUUCAACUUCUAGUACACAAAGAAACAAAUUCUGCAUCUCGAUGAUAUUGAUAAGAAGAAGUCCUCUCUACUCUCCCCGGAAUAAGUCAUCUUUUCUCGGGAAGCGCCUUACGGGAUACAAUUGUUAAGGCCACCUCUAGAGCAUCCUCAGCAUUAUCCUUGGGCCUUUGUCCACUCAAAAAGAGGGCCAAGGAUGCACUCGGGGAUGCUAACGCGGUAGCUCUAAAAUUGGGUCGGCAUCGGUCUAUGCCUCAUCGCGCUCACGAUGGUUGGUAUGGCCUCCGUGUGGGGUGCGGAUGAGCAGGGAACAGAUCCCGCAGCUUCCGAUACCUCACCAGCAGCCCAACAAGCAGUUGGUAUCUGUAGGGUGUAUCUUCGUUUGUUGAGAAAGGAAGUAAAAGUGUUUUAGGUCCUAAGUACUACUUAGUAACCUCGACGUAAAGACUUGUUUUGUUCCCACCUAAUUAGGGAAGAUGGAAAUGAGUGGCGGAUGGAAAUUCUUUUCUCAGAGCGUUUUGCCAGAGCGACUACAUGUCGCUGUUGGUGUUGCGAUCGCUGAAGAGCGGCACACUCGAAUUUUCGUUUAAGCUUUCCUCAUUAGAGAGGCAGGCACACUGGAUUCGUAGAAGCUUUCCUCAGUAGAGAGGCAGAAAUCACUCUGAUUCGUUGCGACUCACGCCCAACAUCAAAAGGUAUCCUGCUGAUUCUCAUCGGGCAAGUGAUAUGCGCGGCCCAGUACGUAGUGGAGGAGUAUCUACUGCGGCCGCCACUGAACGUCACGCCUAUGGCCAUAGUUGGCCUCGAAGGCUUCUGGGGUAGCGUGGUGAUGGGAUGUAUCGUUUUGCCUUUGUGCGCUUUUCUGCCUGGUUCAGAUCCCGGUGGUGAAUAUGAGUCGACGCAAGACGCGCUUUUCGUGCUGUCUUCUAAUGUUACGCGGGUCUAUAGACACAAGUACACGUACGACAAUGGGUGAUCAACUUGGAUAGACAUAUCACAGGGGAGUUUACGUUUUGAAGCAUUUGUGGGCUACAAUUGCGACGUGAUCAUGUAGGACAAUGUAGGACUAUCCUGCCAGACGGCUCAUUUUUACUGCGAUCUUUGUUCUCUAAAACCAAAAUGGACGGAAGCGGGCACUUGAUACGGUUUCUGGUAGCGGUAUUCUUUGUCAGUGUGUUGUUGUACAACAUCAUUGGCGUGACAGUGACAGCGGAGUCAAGCGCUAUCCAUCAUACGUUUCUCGACGCCAGCCGCACGCUGCUCAUCUGGCUUGUUAGCGUAUUAGAAUUUGGUUUGGCGUUGGUUUGAUUGACAAUGAAUCAUCGAAAACAAUUUUGCGUUUGAGCAGCUUCACGUGUGAGGAACACACCAAGAAGUUCAUUGUUAAUGUUUUGUUUGAGCAAGGAUAUUGUUGGAUUCAGGACAACAUGGAAGGUAGAAGUCAUCUUUUGCAGUGAGCUUCCAUUACAACAACUCCACGAACAACCACAGAUCGGCCUAUUUUACUUCGUGGACCCGCAAUAUGGCGAAGCUAUUACACCCUAUUCCUGGUUGCAAGCAAUAGGUUUUGCCAUUCUCGUGCUCGGACAGGUGACCUACGAAGGAAUUAUCCGAGUGCCCGGUCUCAAAUACGAACAAGAAAAAGGCAGGAGUAUUAUGGACGAGGAUGAUACUACCUAUAAAGGAAGGGUGAGUUUGCUCAGGGUGCGGAAUGAAAAAACAAAGGUACUUCACUUAACACUUUCCUUUUCUAAAUUCGGUGCUCAGUGCAGUCCGUUGGCAUCAUACCCCUGCUCACCAGCAGACAGAUGGGUGGCGAAGGCUUCGCCGCGUGGGGCAACAACGCCUUUCAGUUCGCCUGGCGCGUUGGCCAAGGAGAAGGGACUGAAGAAUCCACUACUCGAGAAAAAUGCUGUGGCAGUGUAAAAAAGGAUUCACGCAGAGAAGUUCAAGCUUUUUGUAGUGCAGUGAUAAAGUAGCAGAAGAAAUACGUCUGUAGUUAGAAUCUGCUCUGGAGUUUUUUAUCUCCCCGUGUUGUAAAUUAGAUAGAUUGAUAAAUGCAGCGCAACCGCGUAAUUAGCACAAGAUGAGAGUUCGUUGUAGCUAUUCAUAUUUUUUUAAGCGACAUCAAACAUAAUGAAUUCAAAUUCGAUAAUGCAUUAAUGCAUUUUGAACAUAUGUCGCGGCCUGCCUAGUAGCGUAUCAUAAAAUGUGGUUAGCGCUAGGUGUUCCUAUGUUUCGUGCACAGGAUUACACAUGUGGGCAUAGAAUCUUGAUCAUAAAACUGUUAAUGAGUAGGACUGAAAACGACAGACACUGACAGUGCUGCAUUAAGAGCUGGGCACGUGCGAAUACGGCUGAGAAGUUCUGACCUUUUCCCAACAUGAGAGCCCGUUAUAAUCUGAAUGAUGUUGGCGGCACGCUGCAACUUCUAGCUAGGUGGUAGAAGCAGUUUCUGGGGUCGCACUGGCAAGCAUUUUGUUGAUGCGAUAAAUGUAUGGCCAAGGGGCCUAGCUUGCGUGGGCCUCGAAGGGGUUAUCUUUCCCACGUUUCAACUAGAACGUACUUACUACAAACAUAAACGGGCGGUCGUCCCACCUCUCACAGUGUGCAUUUUUGUCGGGACAACUACAUGAUUUGCCAGUUCGAGACAGCUAAAUGUGGAUUCUUGGCGAUUCGAAAAAUGACGAACGAUAAGGUGUUAAAAAGAGCGUCACGUGGAAAGCAGAGUAAGCCGUAGUAGUUUGACUGAGCGACAAAACUACUGUGCUUACGAACGUCUGGUAUGGUGUCGUCUACAGAAUCCGAUGA